AUGUCUCAUCGAAUACGUCGUAAUUCAAUGGAACAUUUAGAACUUUAUGAUCUUGAUAAAUUAAAAACAAAUCCAUCAACAAAUUAUCAAUUAACAUCACAAAUAUCUUCGUCAUAUAAACAUCAUCAACAUCGUUAUUCAUUAAUAAAUCCACAAUAUGAACGUUACCCAUUUCUUUGCAAUAUAAAACGUAGUAAAAUCGAUCCAAUCUAUGCAGCUACACCCAUGUUUACAACAAUACCACAAUCAUCAAAUGAAGAAUCUUAUCAACAAUUUAUUGAUUCAUCAUAUAUUCCUUUAGAAAAUGUUAAACCAUUAUCUCGUCUACCAUCAAAAUCAAGUACAUCAAAAAAUAUUGGAAUAGUCGAAAAUGAAAAAGGAAAAGACAAGAAUGAUAAUGAUCAAUCAAAGCAUGAUGAUUGUAAAGAAAUUAUUGAGAAAAUAUUCAAUAGACAAUAG